AUGUGGUGUUUAUUGGACACGGGUAUGGAGCAGAUUGUGUAUGCCUGUACCUAUCGGUCGCACAGUGGUGAUCGGGAGACGACUCGGAUGUUCGACUAUCUCAGUGAGACGGCUGACAUGGUCCAACGUCGGUAUCCAGCUGCCCAAAUGGUAUUUCUGGGGGAUUUUAACGCUCGCCACCAAGACUGGCUGUUCCCAUACCAGAAUACCGACCACGCCGGGAGAGAGGCGCUCAAAUUUGCCCUGUCGCUAGAUCUUACCCAGCUAGUCCAAGAAGCAACACGAGUACCUGACGUUGACGACCAUACACCAAAUUGUUUGGACCUUCUGUUGACAACUGACCCAGACCGGUCCUCGGUAUCAGUUGCAGCUCCCCUGGGCACAUCUGAUCACUGUGUGGUAAAGUCAGUAUCUAACUUUCACCCUCUGGAUACCGGUCCUACCGGAACCAGACGUGUGUGGCGAUAUAAGUCGGCAGAUUGGGAUGAGAUGCGACGCUUUUUUGCAUCCUACCCUUGGCGGCGGACUUGCUUCUCUUCCUGUGAUCCGUCGAGUUGUGAACAAGAAAUAUCGGAAGUGAUACGUCAGGGGAUGGAGUACUUCAUUCCAUUUGCUGAUGUAUCACUAGAUGGCAAGAUCCCUAGGUGGUAUAAUGCAGAAUGUGCCGAAGCUGCAGCCCGUAAGGACUCAGGGUUUGCAGCGUGGGCUGAAGCCCGUACCCUUAAAUCUCCGGACAUCACUACGAGGAAGAGAGCGUUCAACUCUGCUGCUAAGUCCUACAAAAGGGUUCUUAAAAAGGCUCGUUUCAACCGUAUUAAUCGCAUCGGAGCCCAGUUAUCUUCCCAUCCGCGCGGUAGUAAAGCAUUUUGGUCACUCUCUAAGUCAGUUGAAAUGAGCUUCUGCCGUCCCUCGCUGCCUCCUCUGCUUAAACCAGAUGGAUCGCUGGCCUUUACUGCGACAGACAAGGCUAACCUUUUAGCGAAUCUGUUUUCAGAAAAUUCGCUCCUUGAUGUGGGUAGUGCCUCACCGCCCAGAUAUCCAACUUGCGACUCUGUUAUGUCAGAACUACGCAUUCGCCAAACUGAGGUUCUGAGAGUACUCCGUAACUUGGAUGUAAACAAGGCUAGUGGCCCUGACGGGAUACCAGCUAGAGUACUUAAACACUGUGCACUGUGCUGUGUGUGA